UUGGAAACGUUUUAAGGUUAUGGUUUCGUGUGUUUCGUCGUCGGUUCCCCUCACUUGUGUUUUUAACUGAUAUUGAUCAAGAUUUAUUGACUUUUGAUCAUGUUUGUACGAACGGCCGUUGUGAGGCUCCUCAAUCAGUCGAGAACAAUGAUUGGCACAAGUGAACAUGGUCGCGCUUUAAAAUUAGUAUACUCAAAUGUGAUAUGCGGUGUUGACAGACUCAGUUCUGCUCCCACAAGGUGUUAUUCAGAAAAUAGCAGCAAAAAUAACAAGUCUUUUCCGCAGACUGAAAUAUCUCGAGAAAAAAAAUCACUAGCAGAAGAUGAAAAUGUUGAAAUGUUCAAUUUGGAGGGAGAGCGUAAAAAAUUACAACAGGCCACAGAUUUGUCUAAAUAUGAUGUUUUCAAGGAUGAAGAUUCACAAUUAAUCUUAGACGUUGAAGAAGAAAAGACAUUUUCAAGAAUAGCAAGAGCUGUACAGCCUGAGAGAAACGAGUUUGAUGGGGUGUCUCUUGAACGUGGGGUCCAGGGAGUAUUUGAUGUUACUGAGCUGGUGUCAAUUCUUAAAAAGCAGAGUGCUCAGGAGGUUGUUGUUAUUGAAAUGGCGACAGAUUUAGGAUAUGCAGACCAUAUGGUUAUUGUGUCUGGAAAGUCAACUCGUCAUUUAAGGGCCCUAGCUGACUAUGUUCGCAGAUUAUUUAAGAAAAAAAUGCAUCCGGAUGACAAAAUUCCAAUAAUUGAAGGGAGAAGAAACAAAAGUGAUGAGUGGCUUGCUCUUGAUUUGGGUAAUAUUAUUCUACAUAUAUUCUCUAAAAAGACUCGUGAAGUCUAUGACCUAGAAUCAUUAUGGACACUGGGCCCAGAAUAUGACCCCCAUCUCAAUGCAGUUGAAGAUCCUUUGGAUGCCAUAAUGAGCAAACAUUCUACCUACCUAGCUGAUCUUGAGCCUGCAGAUAAUAAAUCUAUGUAGCUAAAUUUAUUGUGACCAUGAAAUACUUUUGAUGGGAAAGCAUAUUUAGGUGUCAAAAGGUGAAAACUGUUGGCCUGUAGUCAUUAUUAUUAACUUAUAUAACUUUUAUUUAAUGUACAUACAACAACAAAAGACCACUAUCUAAAAAGUUUUAUCUCUUCCAAAUAAUCAGCAGUAAAACAGGCAUAAUAUAACAUUCAAAGAAGAUAGUUGAAAGUGACUGUAUUAAAAUAAUACUCUGGAAAAAUGGCAUGGAGUUCAUUUUUUAUGAAUAAAGAUUUUCUAAUUUCAACUACCUUA